GCAGUUCAGCUUAUCUUGUUUUACAAUCUAUGGGCGAAAUUAGUAAAGAAUCACCAGCAAAGCAUUAAAUGUUCAGCUGUUUUCAAUUUAGUAAUGUAAACAUUACUAUGCGGUUAAAGAGAGACGCAAAACUUAGGCAUUUUUAAUGCAAGCGGUCUUUUAGAAAGGUCGACACGGAAACUAGGCGUUGUCUGGAGUGGUAGUGCAUAUGCCCUUACGUAUCUGACAGCAAAGCUAAAUGCUAAACAUUCUCUCGUUUUUAAAGGUACAAUAAAAGCAUUCAGCUUCAUUUAAAUUUUUGAAUUUUAAUCUACACAAACAAUAAAUCAACAUGGAUGAUGAUGUUGCCGCACUCGUAGUCGACAAUGGAUCCGGUAUGUGCAAGGCCGGUUUCGCCGGAGACGACGCACCACGUGCCGUUUUCCCAUCCAUCGUAGGACGACCCCGUCACCAGGGCGUCAUGGUUGGUAUGGGACAAAAAGACAGCUACGUCGGAGACGAAGCCCAGAGCAAGAGAGGUAUCCUUACUCUGAAAUACCCAAUUGAGCACGGUAUCGUCACCAACUGGGACGACAUGGAAAAAAUCUGGCAUCACACUUUCUACAACGAACUCCGUGUCGCACCAGAAGAGCACCCAGUUCUCCUUACUGAGGCCCCACUUAACCCAAAAGCUAACCGUGAAAAGAUGACCCAAAUCAUGUUCGAAACCUUCAACACCCCCGCCAUGUACGUCGCCAUCCAGGCUGUGCUUUCAUUGUACGCUUCUGGUCGUACCACCGGUAUUGUGUUCGACAGUGGUGAUGGUGUUUCCCACACCGUCCCAAUCUACGAGGGUUACGCCCUUCCCCACGCCAUCCUUCGUCUCGAUUUGGCUGGACGAGAUCUUACCGAUUACUUGAUGAAGAUCUUGACCGAGAGAGGUUAUUCCUUCACCACCACUGCCGAGCGUGAAAUCGUUCGUGACAUCAAGGAAAAACUUUGCUAUGUUGCUCUUGACUUCGAGCAAGAAAUGCAAACCGCCGCCAGCAGCAGCUCACUCGAGAAGAGCUACGAACUUCCUGACGGACAGGUUAUCACCGUCGGAAACGAGCGAUUCCGUUGCCCAGAGGCCCUCUUCCAACCAUCCUUCCUUGGUAUGGAAUCUGCUGGUAUCCACGAGACCACCUACAACUCCAUCAUGAAGUGCGAUGUUGACAUCCGUAAGGACUUGUACGCCAACACCGUUCUCUCUGGAGGUUCCACUAUGUUCCCUGGAAUCGCCGACAGAAUGCAAAAGGAAAUCACUGCUCUUGCACCACCAACCAUGAAGAUUAAGAUCAUUGCCCCACCAGAGAGGAAAUACUCCGUCUGGAUUGGAGGAUCCAUCCUUGCUUCACUCUCCACCUUCCAACAGAUGUGGAUCAGCAAACAAGAAUACGACGAGUCCGGCCCAUCCAUUGUCCACCGCAAAUGCUUCUAAAUGCAAUAAUCAUAACCUUAGCCGAACUUUUAAAACUAUUAUAUCGAUUUGUUGUUGUGUAAAAACGUUUACAUAUAUUUGGGUUUAUUUUUGUUCGAAGUACGUUGCGCCGGGCCAAUCGAGGCUGCGUGUUACUUAACAUCAUACAUUCCUAAACCGGCUUCAGCUGCUAAGUAACUGCACUGUGCACAAUGCAGUGCUUAUCAUUCCAAUUCAAUAAAGGACCAAUACAUCGGACAUAUUGUUUAUAACCGCGUACCUUGUUCUUUUGUUGUAAUCAACACUGUUCGAAUAAUUUACGAAGUAACAAUAAAAAUACUCGGAAUACCCACACCAAAAUUUGCAUGGUCUGUCUCCAUACAGUACUUAUUGUAACAUAUAUCGACUACAUGGUGACUUAACAAUGUUAAAGCGCAGUGUUGGAAAAAUACAAUUCCAUUUCCGAUA